CUUCUCCUCAAUUGACAUUUGCUGUGGAGUUGGAUCAGCUGGAUAUCCGUAUUUUUCUAAAUGAGCGUGAAAUGAACCUUGAGUCACCAGAUGAAGUUUUUAAGGAUCUUCAAUCAUCCGGAGACCCUGUAUACUUUGCACUAACUGCAGUGGAGGCACUUUACCCUCCCUAUUUGAGGAAGGUGGAUAUGGUGUUUGAGGGAAGGGUUGCCAGUUGUUGUAUCCUUUUGUUAGAGCAGCUACUUAGACUUUCCCCACAGAUUCAACCUUCUGCAAAAAGUGGAGCACUGAAACUUGCUAGUGAAUGGAAGGCAAUUAUUGAAACUGGAAAUGUGUUGGAGGUCUUGGGCUUCUUGUAUCUUUUGGCGUCCUUUGACUUGGCUUCUGCAUUUGACGUAAAGGAGGUGAUGAACUUUGUAGAGAUUGUUGCUCAGAAUCAGAAGACACCUGAAUUGUGUCGUCUUCUUGGUUUGACAGAUAAAAUCCCUGAGAGAAUAUGUAUUGGGUUAAUGCAACAUUUCGAGGGAAAAAUUCUAUCGGUAGGAGGGAAGGGCCAGGGGGAAGGUCUGCUUAAGUGUGUUGGUGGUUGUCUUAUUUCUCCAGGCUGGAGCUCAAAUAAUUUGGGAGGAGGCUUUAUCAUUGGUCUCACUAAAAAGAAGCGGUAUCUUCUUGCAUUUGAAUAUGUUUAUGAGUUCAAUCUGGUUGAUAAAAUUCCACCCAUAGCUCUAGUGAAGAAGCAUGUCUCACAUUCAAAGCAGGUAGCUAAAACAUUGUGUAAUGACGGACAAAAUACUCCUGAGGCACAAAUUAAGGCUUUGGUGAAUGAAAUCUCCGCUCUUAAAUCUGCUAUCAAGUCCAUCAUAGAUCGUGGUCUUGAACGUGAAUACUCACCUAAUCAACUCAGACAAAGAGUUAUACAGCUGGAAAGCCGUAGGGCAAACUUGAAGACUUCAUUGUCCGCACCAAUUUCAGAGGAAUUGCCAAACUGGACCCAAGCAAAGAACUGUCUUCUGCUCAAAAGGCUGAGGUGAAAGAAAAGGACAAUGAGAAACCACCUCUUUCAGAUGAUGCCAUCAUCAAUGAGGCUCGAUUGCCUUCACAAAAUAAGUCGCGAAGGUUGGCUCUUCCGGAAACAACCCAUAAUUUUCAACUUGCUAAUGGUCAAAACUUCCACUCAGUCUAACCAUCUUCUAAGCACUGCAGUGGGCUUGUAUACUGGAAGUUAUGGACGUCAGAUAAGGCCAUUGUAGCCUGGGAGGCUCAACUCAUGUCAACUACUUGGAUGGUUACUUAAAGGUUGCUGCAAGUAGGAAUAUUUUGCAUCCUGGCUUUCUUCAAGUCACUUUGGGAUGGUCUAUAAUGGCUUUUUACCAUUGUGGAGUGCUGGAGAGAGCAGCCUUUUACUGAGUUGCAGUUUUCUAACAAAUUCCGGUGUACGGAAAACCACUCCUAUUCAGAAGAUGGAAUUUUCAGUAGUAUAGGUCUACUAAUGGCAUCUACCUUCUAACCAUUUUUUGAAGUUAUGUUGGUACCAAUGCCUAACAACUGCAACACCACCCUCCUGGAUUUUAGAUGGUAGCUAGCUUACUCCAGCAUAUUUGGAGAUUGACCAGUUGUUAGGCUUUCCUGUGUAGUUUAAUCAUCAUUUUGUGUAGGUCUUUCGGUAUUCACUCGGAUGAAAUCCACAAGGGGAUUCUUUUGUUCUGCUCACUGAAACAUGCACCAGGCCAAUGGCCUUUUGGACAGUUGAAACUUCAUCGUUGGAUCAAGGAUUGAACACAGUUGUUUUUGAAAGAAAAGUGGUCAUUUGUUUUGGGCA